GACCGACCUCUGCCCAGACCUCCAAUGGCUCCAUCGAUGUCCAUUUAGACGUUGUGUCUGUCGUAGUGAGCGGAGGCCGGCACCGAUCGUCGAUCCGGGAGGCGAGAAAGAGGUUGUAGGAUAUGCAGGGACUAGUGCACAAUCUCCCAGAGACUAUGGACUUUCAGGACGUCAAAACUAAGCGUCCACGGCACCAGAAUGACAUUAGAGCUUUCUCUGGAAACAGCUCCUUCACUGAGGGAACCAACUGUGGUAUGAGCGAGGAUGUUCCUAUUUGCUGGAUCUGCUUAGACAUUGCUCGGGUGGAGGCUCAUCUGAUACAGCCCUGCAACUGCCCUCGCCACGCUCAUGCUCCUUGCUUGGCUCGGUGGCAGCUGCAGUCUGCGGGUUCCAGGAAGGAGACGCACUGCGAGUUCUGCGAUUGCGAGCUGCCGGACUGGAAGAACGUGCUGACGCCGCAAUGCGGAGCGAACGCGCCUGCUGUAAUGAACGUGAACUUCGACGGGAGGACAUACAGCUUUGAAGUGAAGCCUGGCCCAGACGGGUACCGGCAAUUCACGGAGGCCAUCCGACGGGCAUUCACCCUUCCGGAUGACAGCGAGCUCAACAUCACGUUCACCUGCGACGAGCCCAGCACGACGGGCUGGGAAGAACCUCCUUCACCUGUGGUGGCGCCGCUGGUGCACCAGGGGUCGCUGCUGACGCUGCAGGGGGCGGGAGCCUACGACGCGGCCGUGCACUGCGCGUCGGUGUCGGCUGCACGCCGCAUCUUGAGCCAGCGGGGUGACACUCCCACACACGCGGCCGGCGCGCCCUUGCGCCCCUUCGACCAGCUCCUGCCAUACACCCCGCGCGGGGCCCAGCCGCGCACGCCGAUGAGCCCGGUGUCGUCCCCGGGGGCGGCCUCCUCGUCGUCCACAUCAGCAGACCCGGUCAUGAUGAGUCAGAAGAACCGCCGCCUGGCCGGCUUCGGGCGCAAGAUCCGCUCCGCGCUGUGCGACUUCCUCACCAUCAAGCCGCAGUGACGCGCAUGCAUGCGCGAGCAUGCCGGCGCAUGCUCCUGGCCUGCCCGGCCGCGCCUCAGAUGCCGCUGGUACCUACUUGCAGCGGUGAGGUUGGUGUGCUCCAGAGCGCUCCAGUAGAGCAGCUUGCAACACAACGAAUGACAGAUCAGAGUCAGAGUCGACUGGACCAGGAUUGUGAUUGUCCUGGAGUUGGGGUUGUGGGGACAUGCGCUGCGGCGCGCCAGGGUCAACACCUGGGUCUGAUAUUCAGCCUGUUGUCUUCUUACCUGCGCAUGGAGGCUGGGAUUUGAUGCAAAGCAACCUUGCAGCUAGUAAGCGCUGGGUGCAUGCGUGUGCUUUGAAUAGGCCGGCAAUUUUGGGCAGACAAGUCGAGUGUUUAGUUUCGCGCCUCCUAGCUAUAUAGAGAGCUCACAAGUAUCGCACACAUCACACCUGUCCAGCUUACAUACGUUGAGGCGAUAAAGAUCUCCAGUGUUGGGACAAUAUGCGAAGAUAACGGUGUACCAUAGCAAACAGAGAAGCAUAUUUGGAAACAGUUCGCUUGAAGAAAGAGGACAGUACAUGAGCUUGGAAGUCGAGAGACUAUAGGCCGCUGUCGCUGCCUGUCCAUUCCCUGAUGUGGGCAGAAAUGCAUGCGCGGUAGUUGCAGCGACCGUGAGGGAGACAGGAGAUAAUUGCAUUGUCACUGUAGAUAGUGUUGUGGUGGUUGGUGAUUGGAAGCGUGCAAUGAUCCAUCCACCGUGUACGCCCUGAGGUUUAUAUAGCACGAGCAACCUGCAAUGGUUGCAUUGUCAAGGUUGGAUGUUGAUGUCUAGAAGCAUUUUCUGUCCUGAAAGCGAGUCUGUGGGGAUUGAAUUGGAGGUGGGAAUUGGCCAUGGCGCGGCAUGGCAAUUCCAUCUUGUAUUAAUUGUGUUGAUCCCAGUCAACUAAGUAAUAAUUUUGCGCAC